AUGGUUUUUACUACAGUUAUUAAUUUUGUACGAGCUCGAGGUCCUGAUGAAAUUUGGAGAAAGCGAAGAAUAUUUAAAUUAGCCGCACAUUUCAUUGGCAGAAGAAGGAACUGUUAUAGUAUUGCUGUUAGAAAUGUCCAUAGAGCUUUAGUUUAUGCCACAAAAGGUAGGAAACUAAAGAGAGAAGAUAUGGCCAAUUUAUGGGAAACUCGAGUAAGAGCUGGUUGUGAACAACACAAUAUUAGUUAUGAAUCUUUUAGAGAAGGAUUAGCAAGAUGUAAUAUUUUGUUAAACAGAAGAACAUUGGCCGAUUUGGCUUGUUGGGAACCUUAUUCUUUUAAAUCUUUAACAGAUAUAGCAAAACGAAGAACACUAGAUGAUGGUUUAGCUGGUAUAAAUGCUGACAAAUAUCUUGAUAGAAUUAUAACUAGGGGUUCUUUGAAUACAGAAAAAUGA